AUGCCGUGGAUUCGUCGAGCACAGAUCACCGUCCAACCUCCUGAGCAGCUGCCGCUCUUGCCGACCAACUACCACCCGCUCCGCGCUCCAUUCACAGGCAUCCGAACGCCAACCUCUGCAGCAACUGCACAACCUCCAUCGCUCGUGUCGACCAUCAUGCCGGCUAAAGCCGGCGCGGCCACGCCCGACCCCGAGAUCGGCACAGCAGCAGGCGCCGGCGCGGCUGCAGCGGCCGGUCCAGCAUGGCGCCAGUUCUCGUUCUUCGAGUCGUCUCCAGUCCGCGACGCUGACGAUUUUGCCAAGCCGCCAGCAGCCCUGCGCAGCGCCAACGAGGUCGCUGCCAUCUGCCAGUGCCACGUCCGCCCUCCACCCUCGGCCCUCGCUUCCGACGCUGCCGCUGGCUCUGCAUCGCCAUCCGAGCCACCGGUCUCAGCAGCCGUCCGCUUCGACGAGUCAUCCGCCUCCUCGAGCAAGGCGGCCAGGGCGAACAAGGCCUCUCGCAAGCAGCCAUGCACGCUCGUCGGCACCAUACACGGCCGCAUCAAGGUGCUCGACCCAGACACGCUCCAGGAACUCGCGGCUUGGGACGCCUUCUCGUCCGGCGCCGUCGCAGGCAGGGUCACCCAUCUGUCCUCAGAUGCUCGUGGCAGAGUCAUCACGCUCGGAGAAGAAGACAGCUCGCGCUUCCCCAUCCUCAGGGUGUGGGACAUCCGUACAGGCCGCAGCGCGUCCCGUCAAGCGGACAGUGCGACGGCAGACAGCGCCAAGGCCACCUGGAUGCCACGAUUACUCGCCGAAGGCAAGGUGCAACACGGCAGUCGCCCCCAUCCGAUCGCAGCGGUGUCGCACACUCCUUCGCUCUCGUACCUCUCGGUCGCCCUGGCGGACGGCACGGUUCUGCUCAUCCGUGGGCUCGAAUCCGCCCUCAUGGCGGCAUCGGGCAACGCGGGCAUCGCGUCAGCGGCGUCGUCUGGCCGCCCCACGCCGGCCGUCGCGCUGCCAAAGUUCAAAGUCGUCUUUCAGCCCACAAGCUCGGACUCGGGCGCGCACGAACCCGUCACCGCGCUUGGCUUCUCGGAGGUUGCCGCGCCCGCUGCUGCCACCGCUUCGGCGCAGGUCAAGACGGCAUCCACUGCAACCCAGACACCAGCAUACGAGGCCAGAGUGUCGCACGGAUCCAAAGGUCGCAAGGGAGCCUUGGCUCGGCAACGAGAUCCGAGGACAGGCUCGGCCAAUGCAGAUACUCAGGCCGAUGCAGCAACCCCAGCGUCCGCCGUGCACCUCUUCAUCGUGACGCUCUCGCGCGUCUUGCGCUACAUUGUCGCUGGCAAGGGCGCAGGCGGCAGUCCCGCCGUGCUCGACGAUGUCGGAAGCGCUCUCGGCUGCGCUGCCGUCAUCCCUCCGCGUCCGGCGAUGCCCACGGCAAGCGCCGGGCAAGCCAACGCAGCGGGCCUGCCUUCGACAUCCGCACCGAGCAGUCCAGGCGCCGCGGGCAAGAUGGUCAUCGCGCGCGACGAGGCGAUCUACGUGAUCGGGCAAGAGGGCCGAGAAGCGUGCUUCGCCUACGAGGGCCCGAAAUCGUCGAUCCACCUCUCGGCGUCGCAGGUAAUCAUCGUGUCGCCGCCGUUUGCGCCCGCAUCGAGCUCCGGUCCGGUGCGUAGCUUCGCCAACGCGCGCGAGUCGCCGCUCUCGACGCCUUCAUCCCGUAAAGGGUCCAUGCUGCCGGCCGAGGUGGCCAAGAUCACCAUCUUUGACCUGGACAACAAGCUGGUGGCGUUCAGCGGCACGUUUGACUCGGGCAUCCGCCAGGUGUGGGUGGGCGCCGCGGGCGCGGUGCUGGUGCUGAGCAAUCUGGGCGAGCUGACGCGUCUGGACGAGAAGCCGCUGCGCGCCAAGCUUGAUGUGCUGUACCGCAAGAGCUUAUUCCUGCUCGCCGUGAAUCUGGCGCGCUCGCACAUGCAGCGUGCGAGCAGUGCGGAUGUGCUCGCGCGCACCGAGGCGCUGAUGGGCGACAUCUACCAGCGCUACGGCGACCAUCUGUACAACAAGGCGGAUUACGACGGCGCCAUGGCGCAGUACGUCAAGACCAUCGGCCACACGCAGCCGUCGCUCGUCAUUCGGCGCUUCCUCGACGCGCAGCGCAUCAAGAACCUCACCACGUAUUUGCAGGAGCUGCAUGCGCAGAAUCUGGCGAGCUCCGACCAUACCACGCUGCUGCUCAACUGCUACACCAAGCUCAAGGAUGUCGCCUCGCUCGAUCGCUUCAUCAAGCGGCCGCAUGUGCGCGCCUCGUCGCGCGCCGAUGCGGACGAUGCGCCCGACCCGCUGGGUGGCGAAGGCGAUGGCGCCGCCGAGGACCGCGACGAGCUUCCGUUUGAUCUCGAGACGGCCAUGCGCGUCUGCCGGCAGGCGGGCUACUUUGGGCACGCCGCCUAUCUGGCUAAGCGGUACCGCGAGCACCGCGAGUAUCUGCGCAUCCAGAUCGAGGACGUCAAGGACUAUGGCGACGCGCUGCUGUACGUGCGCGGUCUGCACGCCGACGACGCCAUCCAGAGCAUGGCGCAGUAUGCCAAGACGCUGCUGGGCGAGUUGCCGGACGAGACGACCGAGCUUCUGAUCGAGCUGUGCUCCGGCGCCUUUCGGCCCGAUCCGGAGGCGGCACACAAGGCGAUGCGCCUCCAGCAGCGUCAGUCCGAGCAGGGCAAGACGGACCGCGGCACUGCACCUAAGAGCGCCGCCGCAGCGUACUUGAGCUACCUCCAGGUGGGCGGGUUUGGCAAGCAGGCGCAGUCGACCGACGGCGGCUCGCGCUCGGGCACAGGCGCCAAUACGCCCGCACAGCGCAACUCGGCAGCGCUCGCAGCGCCGUACACUAGCGACGGCUCCAACGCGGCCACGAGGCCGUCGAGCACCGCAAGGCCCGCCGACGGCGAUGUGUCCAUGGACGACGCAGACGCGAGUCGCGCCGAGGCGGGAGCGGACGCUGCCGAGGGCGACGACGAGAUGCAGGCGUACGCGGUGCCGUCGCCACGCACGUUUUUCGCGCACUUUAUCCAGCAUCCGAGCCAGUUUACGCGCUUCCUCGAGACGGUCGUACUGGCGCGCUGGGGCCAAUUUGUCGACACGGACGCCGCGGACCCUACGCAGGGUGUGCCUCUCGACGAUGGUCGUGCCCCGGCGUACGAAUUGCCUUCGAGCCCCGGGGCGGGAGAGGUGGACGAGGUGGAGCAGGCUCUGCGGGAGCUUGGAUUGGACGGACGCGCCGACGACUACGAAGACGCCGAGGUGGCCGAUCAAAAGUCGAUCUGGAACACGCUGCUUGAGCUGUACCUCACUGCGGGCGAGGCGGGCGGCGAGGGGCGGGAGCGUGCGCUGCGGCUGCUGCAGCAGCAUGUGACGCUGCCGUACGACGUGUCGCACGCCCUCAUGCUGUGUGCGGUGGAGCAGUUCGAUGCCGGCUUGAUCCUGCUGUACGAGCGCAUGGGCAUGUACGAGGACAUUGUGCGGCUGCACAUGGCCUCGUCGAGCGCCACCAGCAGCGCACAGGUGCUGGCUGCACUCGCGCGGUACGGAGGAUCGCAACCAGAGCUUUAUGGGCUGGUGUUGCGAUAUCUCGUCUCGUCGCCGGAGCUGCUAUCGCGGCACACUCAGGAUCUGCUAGACGUGCUGGGAGUUAUCCGCUCACGCGCGCUCAUGUCGACGCUCGAGAUCGUCCAACUCCUCUCGUCGAGCUCCCACACGCAGGUUGGUGUAGUCCGUACCUUCAUCGCCGAGUCGAUUGCCGCGACUCUCGCCGCGACCGAGGCCGACACACUUGCGAUCGACGACUACAAGACCAGCACCGAGGAGACUUUGGCCGAGAUUAGCGAACUGACCGACAGCGGCGGCGCGCGGGUGUUCCAGAUGACGCGGUGCACGGCGUGCGCGGGGCAGCUCGAUCUGCCGGCGGUGCACUUUAUGUGCAAGCACAGCUACCACCAGCGGUGUCUGGGCGAGGAGGAGGCAGAGUGCCCUACGUGUGCGUCGCACCAGACGCGCCUCCGAGACGCCCGUCGCCGCCAAGCCGAUGCUGCAGUCGAAGUGAUUGCUACCGCCAAUGCAGGCGACCAAGACGCCCUGCUUUCUCGAGCAAAGGAUGCGCACGAGGGCGGGUUCGAGAAGUUGGCCGCACUGUUUGCUCAGCCCAUCAUGGGCAAUGCGCUCGCGGCACAGCAGUUGUAA